GCAAGACUGAGCGUCCAGCCUCUUUGCACCAGGAUUAAUGCCUCCGGUGGCUUUUUGGCGAGCAGGAGGCCGCGGGGUAGCAGGACGCCAGCUUUGACGGAUGGGAAUACCUCUCAACAUCGGAGAGAGAUUACCCAAUAAUCCGAUUUGAAGUGAAGGGAUUUUACUGUGCUCCCACCAUCGGCACCUCCAAACCAACCACAUUCCUCUCCAGCCUUUUACCCCAGAUUUUGUUUUAGCAACCAUGUCCAGGAGAAAGGUGAGAGGCCUGACCCGUACGGGCCGGCAGGUCAGCGAAGACCCGGACCUGGACAACCUGCUGUCCACCCUCUCCCCGGAGGAGGUGGAGGAGCUGGAGAAGGACAUGAUGAAAGUGCCGGACAUCAAGCCAGAGGACGGGGAGAGCCACGCUGCCCAGCAACCUACGAGCAACAACGCCCGGGACGCUCAACAGAGUGACCGUAAAGGGAAGCUCAGCGAGGGGCAACAGUCAUUUGAGGGUGAGACAAAGAAGAGCCGGAAGCAGGAAAAUUUGAGGAAAAUGGGCCAGAGCCAGGAGGGGAACGACGACGUGACAGCAGGGCGACCAAGACAAACGAGUGUCUUAAGCGAAAGAGAUACGAAGGUCGACAACAGAAACAGCAAAGCUCCGGAAACUUUGAAAGAGGAGCGAAGUCGCCUUUCGAGUCGAUACUCGAAGCAAGAAAGCAGAGAGAGCGACGUGAAAGAGGAGAUCAAGGAGAAACACGAGGACAAGAUAAGAGACUGCAGAGAAAACAGGGAGAGCACAGGGAGCAAAACAAAGGAUAUGAUCUCAAAGUUGCAGGAAAGAAAAGAGGAUGGCAAGAAAGACGACUGCAGGAGAAGAGAUGAGAGCAAAACCAAAGACAUUAUCUCCAAGCUACGAGAAAAGCACGAGAAGGACGUGGGCAAGGAAAAAGAGAGAAGAUCCGAGAGUUUCAGGACACAAGGACUCGUCUCCAAGAUGUUGGAGAAGCAGAGCAAAGAAAGCCCCGCCCCUAAAACAGAAGAGAAGAAGCCUCCAGCGGAGGAGGAAAAAGAUCAAAACAAGCCUGAUGGCAAACUUGAGCGGCAGCCAUCGGUGAGAGGUGAAGUGCAGGUGAAGCAUGACAAGGCGGAGAAAAGAACAGAUAGAGAGGAGCUGCUUAACCACAGUGACCACGUGAAAGAGAAGGAGAAGAAGAUCAGCACGGAGGAGAUGGUGGAGGAGAAAAAGGAAGAAGAGGAGAGGAAUGGAAAAGAAAGUGAGAAACGUGGCAACGGCGUGGCCAAAAAAAGCCCCAACAGCAAGACAAAAGAGGAAGAUGAGGAGGACGAAGACUCCAGCAUGUUCGACGAGCUGAUGGAGCAGGUCCGCAGCAACGACCCCACCCUCACGGAGCUCAACGUCAACAACUCCGAGGUCAUCAAGACGAAGACGCUCAUGGAGUUCGCGGAGGCGUUGCGCCGGAACAGCCACGUGAAGAAGUUUGCGUUGGCCAACUGCCGCGCCGACGACCACGUGGCGUACGCCAUCGCGGGCACGCUGCGCAGCAACACGACGGUCACCAGCAUCAACGUGGACUCCAACCAUCUCACCGGCAAGGGCAUCCUGUCUCUGAUCCAGGCGCUGCCGCACAACUGCACGCUGACCGAGCUUCGCUUUCAAAACCAGCGUCACAUCUGUGGCGGGAAGACGGAGAUGGAGAUGACCAAGAUCCUGAAGGAGAACACCACCUUGCUCAAGCUCGGGUACCACUUUGAGUUAGCCGGACCCAGGAUGACCACGACAAACAUACUGAGUCGCAACAUGGACCGACAGAGGCAGAAGCGCCUGCUGGAGCAGAAGCAGGCCCAGGCCGACGGGGAGAAGAAGGGGGCUCUGGAGGUACCCAAGGCGGCCGCUGGGGGGUCUCUGAGGAACUCGCCCAGAGCGUCCCCCAAACCCUCUCCCGUACCGUCGCCCGUGCCAUCGCCAAAGCUGACUCCGAAAAGAGGAUUUGGAGGUCCGGCUCCACCACCACCACCUCCGCCUCCUCCUGGGUGUGGACCUCCCCCUCCGCCCCCUCCCAUGCUGGACGUAGACUCCCUGAGGAACUCUCUGACCCCGGUGGCGCACAGGAAACUGGAUGGAAAAGGCCCGGGCGGUGGUAAGAACUCGAGGGACCAACUGCUUGACUCGAUCAGAGGAAACUAUAAGAAACAACUCAAUAAGGUGCCGGUGCCAAAGUGGUUGCAGUAGUGUUCCUGUCGGAAUAUGAAGCGAAGAAAGAAGCGAGAGGGAGAACAGACAUUUCGCCACAGUUUUUCUUAAAGGAGUUAAAUCUCUAGCUUCCCCCGGAUGCAGUGGAAGAACUGUGCUGCGGGACGGACGGAGAGACUGAGACAUGAAAUGCCGCCCAUCGAUUGGCUGACCAGCCCUCACAAUGACUUCUCCCCUCAAACACUGGACCAAAAAGGACUCUGGAGAAUGAGUGAUGCAGGUUUCUCUAUUAACCGACUGCAAAGAGUGCCAUGAGUGUUGUGGUUGUUGUUGUUGUUGUUGUCUUCAGUACAUAUUGACGCUUUGCUGGUUCAUAUGAAGCUGGGAGUGUGCGACGAGCUUAUCGACGGGAGAUUCAAAUAACUCUUUAUAAAAUUCUAAUAUACAAAAGGUUUAUCAGCGAUGUAGUGGACAUUAAUUUGACCAUUUAUUUAUUUGAGGAGAGAGAAUCCGCCUCAUAUUUGUAAGUUGUAAAUCUGUUCAAACUGGGAAUUCUGAAAUGGCGUUAAUAUCAGGGAAUCAACAAGCAUGUCGGCCUGACUUAAGAACAUCUGGGUAUGAAAAAAGAAAAGGUGGUCUUUGAUUGUGUGUCUAUUUGCCAAAUCUCAUGACAUCUCAGGCAGGGUUUGAUGGAGUGGAAAGCAGCCCAGUGCAAUCUUGGUGCAUGAUGAAAUAAUUUUAGCAUGGAAAGAUUACAUAAUGCAUUUUUAUGAGGAAGUGCACAUGGAUAUCCUUCAGUAGCUGAUGUUAUAAUUUGUACAGAAUCAUUGUAGCAUGGGUGUUUGAAUAUCUUACAUAACCUAUAAUGUCUUAAACUUAGAGGGCUUUCUGAAAGCAUUACUGUCUUAUAUCAACCCUCUUGUUGAUUUAUGCCUUCAUGUACUUUUAAGUGAAUGUUAUUUUAAAAGGAAUUUAAUAAUGAUCAUAAUUCAGAGGGGCACUCAUAUGUGCACUGUGUAAUGAACGAUUACACGUGCCUUUCUUACAGAGCCUUUACGUCUUCAAUAAAAAUAUUCUGUAUGUGUGCAAUAAAAAGUCACAAGUGUAAUGUUAUGCCUGGCUGAUAAGGAUAAUAUGUAUGUGUAAAGUUAAAUACAACUGACAUUUAUAAUAUGUUCCAGUAUUAGAAAUCAAGGUAUGUAUAUGUAUUAAUAUAUGGAAAAUAUACUGUAUAUUGAAUGGGCUUCAGUUGGCUUAGAGGCUCUAUAAAAUCAUUCACUCAACAAUA